GCUCAGUUGUGGUUGCUGCUUCCUCGUGGUCUGGUGGUUGGUGACUCUCACAAUAUUCUAGCUCACGAUUUUUUGAAGUUUCGGACGCUCGCCGGGUGAUUUUUGGAUUUCUAAAGUUUUGUUUCGGACGGAUAAUGUGUAAAUGUGUUGAUGUGCAAUAGUGGGUGAAUUUUGUGGGUGGAAAUUUUGGAAUAGUUGGGGGGGCCGAUUCGGCCCAUGCACGGGGGGGAACUGGAGCACUCGGGUGGAUUCGCGUGGGCCGCCGUGUUGGGGCAUGAGGGCCACACGCCCUAUGGGGCCGGCGCGCCCCAUCACCCCCAUCCUGCCCACGGGCAUGCCCCUAUGCCCAUGGAUCUGCAUGUGCCGCAAGGAUUUCCUUACUACAGAUAUCGAGAAGAAGCACUCUGCUGGUCUGACAGGAAACCGUCAGCUGAUGACAUCGGACAUCCCACCUCUGUCAAUGCUCGAGUGUACGGGGGCAAUUGUGUCCAGGAUUACUCAGCAUAUCGAUCUCAUGAACAGCAAAACGAUGACAUUUUGGAGCUGCGAAAGGAGAAGAGUAGAGACGCGGCGCGAUCGCGUCGAGGCAAGGAGAACUUCGAAUUCUACGAGCUGGCCAAGAUGCUGCCCCUCCCCGCCGCCAUCACCUCGCAGCUGGACAAGGCCUCCAUCAUCCGACUCACCAUCUCCUACCUCAAACUGCGCGACUUCUCCGGCAACGGGGACCCGCCCUGGAGUCGUGACGGGCCGCCUGCUGCCAAAUCGCUCAAAGGAGGUCAAGUUCGUUCGCGAACGCCGGCAACGGUGGCGAUGGAACUAUUCGAGCAACACCAGGGCACUCACAUCCUGCAAUCGCUUGACGGAUUCGCGUUCGCCCUGGCCGCCGACGGGCGAUUCCUCUACAUCUCGGAGACUGUAUCCAUCUACCUCGGACUCUCACAGGUGGAGAUGACCGGCAGCAGUGUGUUCGACUACAUCCACCACCAGGACCACUCGGAAAUGGCGGAACAACUGGGGCUCGGCCUGUCGCAGGGUCAGGGCCUCAACUCACCCGGAAGUGCUGGUUCCGACGAGGGCGGCAACUCUGCCUCGGGCACUGCCAACCCUGAUGUUGCAACCCUGAUGUCACUGGGGAGCACGUCAAUGUACAAAGGACUGGAUAGGGCGUUCUGCAUUCGUAUGAAGUCAACGCUAACGAAACGAGGCUGUCACUUCAAGUCUUCGGGUUACCGGGUGGUGCUAGUGCUAUGCCGAAUGAGGCCACAAUACACGUUCUCCCACAGCCGCAAGACAUCCCCUCCGCUUCUGGGUAUGGUGUCGCUAGCGAUCGCCCUGCCUCCGCCCAGUGUCCACGAAAUACGCCUCGAGACAGAUAUGUUCGUCAUGAGGAUCAACUUCGACUUCCGUAUAGCACACGUAGAACCUAGGGUAGCUGAUUUAUUAGACUAUACUGCCGAUGAACUGAUGGGGAUGAACCUUUAUACGCUUUGUCAUGGAGAAGACGCAAAUAAACUUAGGAAAAGUCACGUUGAUUUGAUCAACAAAGGGCAGGUGCUGACACACUAUUACCGGAUGAUGAACAAGAAUGGAGGCUACACGUGGGUGCAGACGUGUGCGACUGUCGUCUGCAGCUCCAAGAACGCCGACGAACAGAACAUCAUCUGUGUCAAUUAUGUCAUUAGUGGUAAGGAAUACAAAAAUCUAGUGAUGGACUGCUGCCAGCUGGAAGAUCAUCUCCCACAGAGAGGGGUGAAGAGGGAAGAAUCCACCGGAAACGACCCAGAGAACGGAUCACCAGAUGCUGAUAAAGAAGGGCGAAAUAGUGGAGGCGCCCAUAACCACGACCACCAUAACCACCAGCUGACUCCGCCAGAGAUGGACGACUCUUCGGAGGCCAACGAGAGAGGCGGCAGAACACAUCUCGAUCACACAGCACAGCUGCAGCAGGCUGCCGAUCCAACUCAGGUGAUGACACAGCCGGCCAAGAAGUUGGUAGGAGUGUGCGCUGACAAGGACGUGAUGAAACGACCACAGAAGAGGAAGCUGUCAGCAGUGCACCAGCCGCGGGAGGACGACAGCAGUUGUUGCAGUUCCGAGGACGAGGAACGACUCCGAAAACGCUACCCGGUGCUAAGUCCUGCCUCCUCCUCCUGCCAUUCAGUUCCAGUCGGCAGUCCGAAGCCUCCGAUCAGCACUCACGAUGACAGCGAGAGUGCGACAACGUCUGUGAAGGAUUUGGAACAUGCCAUGUCGAAGCAUCUUCCUAUUGUAAUAGACAAAGCGCCCACCGAUUUCAGUACGGAUACGUUGUUGAAACAGCAGCAGCGGAGUACGAUUCAGUGGAUAGGUGCGCAUCAUUUGCAGCAUAACUCAGCUUCGCAGACUACUGCGGGGUUGCCGGCGUCUGCUUUGUUGCGGCAACUGUAUGCUAACAGGGAGAGUGUGAUACGGGCCAACGUGCAGGCGGGAAGAACGGGAGCCGGAGCGUAUUACGCUACAGGUGACAUGGGGCCGCUACCGACCCCACCUGGCAGUGAAGGAUCUUACGAUCACCAGUUUGUCCUCGCACAUAACCAAAAAACCUCCUCCGACGCGUUCGGGAGUUUGGUGUCUUCCUACACGGGGGGUACAGCAGGGUACGACUACCACUCCGCCAUGACCCCACCUUCCUCCGUGUCGCCCCGUGACAAACCCCAGCAAGUCCACACGGGGUUCGAUCCCAGCACGACGACUUCCUCAUCGCCCUACACGGACGUCCUCCGUCACCAGUACGAGUCCCCCGCUCAACCACUGCCCCUCAAACCGCAGCCAUACACUCUCGACUACGCGCCCACGGGUUUGGAUCAGACCGCCCAGUUCUACCAUCACUCGGCCGGUUUCCAUCUCUAUCACCCCGCCAACAAAACGCCCUCGUCGGCGACGUCCGUCUACCCCGAACCUCUCAAGAACACUACCAAUUGGUAUUCUACGCCAACAUAGUUGUUUCGAUAGGUGUUAAGGACUUUGUGUUGAUUUUUUUUCGAUAGUAGGACUUGAGAGCCCUAAGUGUUGGCAGUUUGGAUAAGGUGCUUUUGUCAAAUCUACUCGAUACAUGAAUACCAUGAUCUCAAUGUCUUCAACCAAAC